GCUGGGUAUCGCCGCCUUUGCUGUCGUGGUCCCUUGCGCCCUGCCUGCUCUGCCUGCUUGCCUGUCUGUUCAUUUGCCUGCUUGCUUCCCCUCGCCCAGGGGGAAAGGUCAACGGCGUCCUGGAGCUUCCGUGUCACUCCCCGACAGCCAUGAACUGCAGCGAAAGCCAACGGCUGCAAAGCCUGUUGAACCGCCUGCUGUUGGAGCUGCACCAUCGGGGCAAUGCCAGCGGCCUGGGCGCCGGCCCCGGCCCGAGCAUGGGCAUGGGGGUCGUGCCUGAUCCUUUUGUGGGCCGCGAGGUGACCAGCGCCAAGAGCAACGACGCCUAUCUCUACAUCCUGCUCAUCAUGAUUUUCUACGCCUGCCUAGCCGGAGGCCUCAUCCUGGCCUACACCCGCUCCCGCAAGCUCGUCGAGGCCAAGAAUGAGCCAUCCCAGGCCUGUGCUGCCGAGCAGGAAUGGGUCCCCGGUGGCACUCUGACCGGCGAUGCUGAGAAAGCCGAGGGUUUGCUGGCUGAGGGUGGUCGCCAGCUUGUCCCUGGGGCUCAGCCUGCUGUAGCCCAUGGCGCCGAGCGAGUCUAGAUCAUCCAGCCUCCAGCUUGCUCUCCCGCCCUCCUCAACUCGCUUAUGCCUGACCUCCUCCCGCGCUUUUACUACCCUUGCAGAGCUUGCUUCACCUGAGGCCUAGAUGAUGAUGAGAGGUCAGGACACCAGGAAAGGCCCUGGAAGAAGUACUACCUUACUCACACCUAGCCACAAUCUUCCUCUUCUCCCCCCAUGCUUCCACCCCUACCCUGUACAUCCAACAGAAUUGCUGCUGCUCCCGUUUUCAGCCAGCCUUGACACCAACCACACUCCAGUCCUCUGGGAGCUGAAUUCAACACGUCCAACAUUUGGCAUUGAAUUGAAGCAAUGAAGUCAAGCAGAACUCUGGGCCAUCUAACUGGCAAUUACUCCAGUGGCUGCCAAGGACUGCUCACUCUGCAGAACCAAUGGGGGUAGGCAUCUGUGCCAGGCUGGUUGCAGCACCUCCAACUUCCCGUUGCCUUAGGGACAAAGACAAAGAACAUGAAGAGUCCUCAGACAUUUUUUCCUUCCUGCUGCCUGCAGAGGGGAACUAGAGAGACACUACAAUCAGUCUGUGGAAUAGUUUGAAGGGGGAGGAGGGUUGAAUGGGAAGGGGAAUAUCUAUGGCCUUAGUGGUAUGGUUUUCUUGUCUCCCCAAGUUGUCAUCUCAAAGGUAACUUGUCUGAAUAUUAGUAGCUUGGGCAUCUGCAUUGGGUACCCAUUACUAGUUGCAUCACUCCAAUAAUUGCAAAUGCUUACAAUAUAUUGAUUCAGUUGUUAUUGCAAGUGUGAACUUUACCCAUGGAACAUGAGGCUCUGCUAUCCCCAGCUCUGUAACCCUGGGGAAUGUCACAGGCAGGUAAUAAAUGUUGUUA